AAGAAGAAACACGUUUCUGACUUCAGAGCGCGAACGUUUUUCGUAAUACAUCCAUGGCUAACAUUUAACGUUACUGACUGCUUUUGAUACACUUUUAUUCCAUCUUUGCUUUAUAAAAUGGCAUCAUUCGUCCGAUACAGCACAGAAGAAGAAGAAAAAGCAGAAGGGCCGGAGCUGGAGAGUGAAGACGAUGAAGAAUCAGGAGCAGAGAGUUUUCUCACAGAUCAAGAGAUGGAGGGAUGGGAUCCAGCUGAGGAUUUUGAUGAUUACCAAGAAGAUGAUGAAGAGCCUAGAAACUCUCCUGUAUUACAACAUGAAAGCCCCCCUGCUGAAGAUCCCAGCACCUCACCUUCUGGACAAGAUGCCAGCCCCUAUGCUUCUACAAAAGAAGAGCAGCCACCCCAGAAUGGGAGAAAACGUGGACAGGCUAGAGCACGACCUCCUUCUCCACCACACAGCCGGGCACAGGGAUCCAGGUCCAAGCGUGCACAACGUUUUUCAAGUGGCCGGACCAAAACCAGAUCCAGAUCUCCUCGUAAGCCACAGCCGGUAUACUCAGCCACUUCCUGGAACACUGAGGAAGAUCCUGAUGCAUGUCCAGAGACAAGAAGGUUUGUCCCAGCAAGACCCCCCGGGCAUAAACUGAACCCGGACCAAACAUACACACCAUUGGACCUUUUCAAACUGUUCUUCAGCAAUAAAGCCGCUCUAACCAUUUGUAAUCACACAAAUAAACAAGCUGCUAAAAACAUUGCAAAAGGAAAAAAAUAUCCAUGGACAAACAUCACGACGGAGGAGUUUUUCAAGUAUGUGGGACUAACGUUCUUUGUAGCAUUGGUAAAACUGGGUAAGAUCAGUGAUUACUGGAAAAAAAACACAAUUUUUAGUGUCCCAUUUCCAGCCAAUGUCAUGUCACGUGACAGGUACCGAGCGAUAUCUUGGAACAUCCACAUGAGUGAUCCUGAGAAAGAUGGUGAGAAUGACAGAAAGAAAGGGACACCAGAUCAUGACCGUCUGUUUCAACUGAAGCCCCUCCUGGACACCAUCAAAAAUGCUUGCUUAUCAUUUUACCACCCUAGGCAGAACCUCGCGAUUAACGAGAGGAUGGUGGCGGCAAAGCCCCAUAGUGGAAUGACGCAACACAUGACAGCAAAGCCAAUCAGUUAUGGUUUCAAACUCUUUGUUUUGGCUGACAGCAGCAAUGGCUACACUGUGGACUUUACUGUGUACACUGGAAAGUCACAGUUUGUCUCAGGCGUUGGACUUGCAUAUGACUCUGUGAUGUCCCUGAUGAACAAGAAAUAUCUGGGCAGUGGCUUUCAUCUAUAUGUGGAUAAUUUCUACACCAGUCCAAAACUCUUCAAGGAUCUGUUUAGCCUGAAUGUCGGAGCAUGUGGUACAUACAGAGACAACAGAAAAGCUUAUCCCCACACAGACUUGAAUGCGCUGAAGAAAAAUGCUCCUAGAGGCUCGAUCAGGUGGAUCCGUGAAGGCCCACUGGUUUUUGUGAAGUGGAUGGACACACGAGAGGUCUCUAUCUGCUCUACAAUCCACCCGGCAUUCUCUGGAAACACUGUGAAGAGGAGGGUCAAAACACAGGGUGACAACUGGACUACCAAAUGCAUUCCAUGCCCAACACCUAUAAUGGAAUAUAACAAGUACAGGGGCGGUGUUGAUUUGUCCGACCAGCUGAUACAGUAUUACACUGUACGUUACAACAGCAUGCGCUGGUACCAGACCUUGUUUUUCCACUUCAUGGACAUUGCAGCCACAAACGGCUACCUCCUCCACAAAGAGCUUUGCAGAGAGAAGCAGGAGGAACCCAUGAGCCACAAGGACUUCUUGGAGGAGCUUACAGCCCAGUUGUGUGGUGUCACAGUUAAGACCCCUUGUGCCCAGACACACAGUAGCCACGUACCUGUGGCAAUCACUAAAGUACUUGAUGUAAGCAGAAGGGCCUCGAAUGGACGCAAGUCCUGCAUAAACUGCAGACAGACCAGGAAAGCCAACCAGUCUACUCCCUGGAAGUGUAAGGAGUGUGAUGUGGCCCUCUGUGUCAUUGCAGACAGGAACUGCUUUGAGGCAUGGCACAGCUAAUGUUUUGGACAAAAUGGAACAGGGACUUGACUAAACAAAUAUAUUUUGAUCUGUGUUGGUUACAAUGUUCGUUGGUCCCCAUCACCAAGGCCUUAGUCUGGAUGUACCAUUGAGUUUUGGUAAACUAAAAAGUAGCCUACAUGAACAACCUGUGCUGUGACUUUAAUGACACCUCACACAAGACUUAAAUGGUUCACAUGUAAUGAAAGGGGGCAGGGCUUGCCAUAGGGGCCGAGUCAAACUAUGACCAGUGAAAACGAAACCGAUGAAAGUCUGAGUACAAUGAUACUUUACACAAUAGUGUACAUCAAACGGGUCAUUAGUUUUGAAUGGGGCGAGGCUAAAGGGGGCAGGUCAACCCCUCACCUAUAAAGAAGGAACUGCUGAGUUCAAUAACAGGCUCGUUUGAGAUGAACUGUGCUCCGUCUGUAAAGUGGACGAGAGCAUGCGACAGCAGCAGGGGGCGGGGACAAAAAGCUGCAGUAAAGUCAGACAGAUUCCAACAGCCUUCAGGCUGAACAGAAAGUGACAGAAACACUGGUGCAAUUCCAAUUUGAUAAAAUAUAACCAGACCCACAUAUCAGCUGGUACACACUCUCUAGUUGUUUUAAUUAUGACAAGCGUAGCUCUCGAAAUGUUCUAUAUGCAAUCUGUUGCUGAUUUUAAUGAAAGUAUUAAAAGUAGUCAAUGCAGAAAAAUCCUCACAUUUUAGAAACUGGAAAUAAUGAAAACAGUUCUGUCAAUCAACUCAGUGUCUAUUGGUCCAAUCAUUUCGGCUGGACUUGUAGGCCUGUAUAUUGUUAGUUUGUUUAAUUUAUAUUACAACCUUGUAUUUUAUAAACUAUAUGGGUUUUGUAUGCAAAAAUAUUAAUGUUUAUAUUUCUCUCUAAAAUGUAUCGGAGUAAAAAGCAUGAAAAGAAAAAACUUAAGUAAAGUACCUCAAAUUUGUACUUAAGUACAGUACUCAAGUAAAUGUACUUAGUUACAUUCCACCACUGUCUGCAAUACACAAAUGAUAAACGAGAGAGAACAGAAAGAAGACAGAAAGUGAAGAACACAGUAGACAACAGUAAUACCAGUGGGAGUAGUUGCAAUCUAUCAACUUUAAUUAAGUUGAUGAAUUAUACAUUUUCCAAUACCCGAGUGGGCUUAUAUUAGGCUUUCUGUGCAAUCAAGUGGCACUGUGCUGUACUACUAAAAAUGCUGAUAAAUUAAUACCAAAUAUAUGCGUUAUAGUGAAUAAUUAGUGAAGCUGAAGUGUAUGACAUGAAUACAUAAAAUGUAUAGUUUCAUCCAACGUCCCAUUUCAAGUGAAGAGUCAGAAGUACAGCAAACAACUUUUCUUCCACAAUAGUUUUGGUUGGUGCAUAAAGUGAUAUUUCAGACUUUUUUGUUCUGGUUGAAAAUCUGAGUAUCAUGUCACAUUUACUCAUAAGCAUACUACAUCUUUGUUUUGGUCUGAGACAGCCGUUUUCUUCACUCUAUUUUAGCUCUAUGGUAACAUUUGGUUAGGUUUCUGUUGACUUCUUGACACAAAGGGAAAGCUGAGCAUUAUUUCCACUGGGGACACCACUUUUGAAAAUCCCAUCUGUGCCCCCACACACAUACUUUCAAAUCUGUUUCAUAUUAUUUUAUUAUUAUAAGUCUUGGCGAUUGGCCUCUAUUUUAAAGAAUAAAAACUAAGACAUUGUUUCUUAUGCAAGAGUUAGAGUGCCUGUGGUAGGAAUGAUUUCCUGUAGCGGU